GCAGGCUAGAUCUGUGCGUUUGAAGAAGAAAGUGCUUUAAAGACAGGAGAAAGAAAGCAAGAAAUAAAAGAAAGAUUGCACGGAGAUAUUACAGAACUAUCAUUGCUAAGAGCAUCAAUUGUUUUGUGAGAGAGAGAGAGAGAGAGAGAGAGAGGGGCAGGCAGACGUUAUUAAAGUCGAAAUAUGAAUAUUUUUCGAUUUCUUGGCGAUCUUUCGCACUUGAUAGCAAUUAUCAUUCUGCUUUUGAAAAUCUGGAAAACACGAUCAUGUGCUGGUAUCUCAGGACGCAGUCAGAUUCUCUUUGCUAUCGUUUUCACUGCGAGAUACCUUGACCUUUUCACAAACUACAUCUCCCUGUACAACACCUGCAUGAAGGUGGUGUAUAUUGUGUGCUCCUACGCGACUGUGUUCCUGAUCUAUGGGAAGUUCAAGGCUUCGUACGACAGGAAUCAUGACACGUUCCGGAUCGAGUUCCUGAUCGCUCCGAGCGCGCUGCUGGCGUUCCUGGUCAACCAUGACUUCACCCCCCUCGAGAUCCUGUGGACGUUCUCGAUCUAUCUGGAGUCUGUGGCGAUCCUGCCGCAGCUGUUCCUGGUCAGUAAGACUGGGGAGGCCGAGUCUAUCACCAGUCACUACCUGUUUGCUCUCGGCUCGUACCGACUGCUCUACCUGCUCAACUGGAUGUGGCGCUUCUUCAGCCAGGGGUUCUACGACCUGAUCGCGCUCCUGUCGGGGGUCCUGCAGACCGUGCUGUACUGCGACUUCUUCUACCUCUACGUCUCCAAGGUUUUAAAAGGGAAAAAGUUGACUUUACCAGCCUAGGACCUCCAGUAUCCCUGCAUACAUCUGGAAAUGAGCUGGAGAGGAGAACCUCUGGGAAGUGUGGUCUUGUAUUUGUAAUAUAAAAUGUUUGUGCCCCCUAAGAACUACAACUCCCAGAAUGCAUCACUUCUCAAUGUUAUUACAAGAUAAACUCCACUCCAGUCUAUUUUCUCACUAGAGUUAACAUAAAAUAGAAGAGAAAUGUUUGUGUUUGUUUGUAGUAGAAAUUCAGUUAUAUUUUAUUAGGGCAAGAAUGUACUGUAGUUUUUUGGGGGUAUUUAAAUAGAUGGUACACAUUACACUGCUGAAGGCACUGAGCUGAAACGCUUGUCUUCUGCUUGACUCUUUUAGACUUUUUUUCCUGGCCCCUUUACCUCAGUCGUUCUGAGUGCUUCUUAUUAUUACCGUCGCUCAAAUAAAUAAAAAAAAAAAAAAUGGGUAAGUCUGUGUUGCUUUGAAUCCGAACUCAGCAGCUGCCUUCAGUUCUGCGCUGAAUCGGAAGGGGCGAAAACACACACGCGCUUCUUUACUCACUGCAGACCAACCAUGUAGCCACUUCAGAGCUACAGAGUCGGAGGACAACGCAGCUCUGGGCAGCUUACAGGCAAGCCCUCAGGCGCCCGCCUGGACCACAGGGGGUCGCUGUGGACACCCUGGACCUCCCUCCCCCUGGGCGGCGCUCGGCCAAUCAACCGGUCACGGUGGACUGGAACUUGCGAUCCCCAGGCUAUAGGGCACAUCCGCGUGGAGCGCCUUUACUGGAUGCGCCCAUCGGGAGCCCCUGUAAAGACAUACUUGCAUUCUUUCAAUCAUUUGAAUGGUGAUAUUUUUAACGCUAGAAAUCAGUCUGGAUGAAGCGCUUCUGGAUCUUUUAAACAUUGCCUGAAACACUUUUAGUUUUAUUAAAAGAAAUUGCAAAUACCAAACAAAUAUUUGAUUAAUUCCAGUAUUAAUGAGCACUCAGUGAUUGCAAACAUGAAAAGGUGAGGGGGUCAAGGAAAUUGAACUAAUAAAAUACUUUGAAAAACAGAAAUGACCUUUUAAAGAAGUGAACUCUUGUUUUAAAACAGUGAAAACCCAUUUCAUUCCUCUAUCCUGUGUUUAAUAUCCUAUAGUGUGUGCCUCUCUCCCUCCUCGGUUUAUUAUCCUAUCCUACAGCUGUUUACAAAGAUCAAGUCACUAGAUCCACGAAAUAACUGAUACGAAAGCACAGCUGGGUCAGAAUGGACUCUUAUGAGUAGGGGUCUACCUAAAUCGCGAUUUCGCCGAAAUCAUGAAAUUGAGGGGGUCACCGCGAGAUUCACCUCUUUUUAGGCUUCACAGUGUUCUGAAAUACUGUCUACUUGGUUUAUUUAAUGUUUAAAGAGGUCAGCGAAAUGUCUGCAAAAUCCACAACCUACCCGUGAGAAAUAUGCAAACUUACCACGAUUUAAGUAGACCCCUAAUUAUGAGGGCUAAUAUCCCGUAGUGUGUGUCUUUCCUCCUCUGUUUAAUACCCUCUAGUGUGUGUGUCUCUCCCCUGUUUGAUAUCCUCGAGUGUGUCUCGCCUGUUUUAAUACUCAUGUUGUGAACCCUUGCACUUUCAAUAUCGUCCAGCCCUGGAGUCUUCAGAAGGGGGGAGAUACAGAAUAAAUACAAAAAACAUAACAUUUGAUAUUUGAAACUGUGUACUGUUUUAAAAAAUGUAAAUCAAUCGAUUUCACUAUUU